AUGUCAAGGUUAUCGGUGGCUUCGUUGGCAUUCGCGCUUCUUCUGGUCAUCAAGAUGCUCCUGCUGGCCCCGGUCCAAGCCCAGUUCUUCCAGCAGUUCUUUGGCGGCAAUGGAGGCGGAUCGAUGUUCGGAUCACGAGAGCAAGAACCUCCUCCGGCGGGAGAUGCAAGCUGGUUCGAAGCAAGAGUCGACGCCGCCCAAUGCACACAAUAUCUCUGUCCUCGAACACUCUCGUGCGUCUCGAAGCCAUCGCACUGCCCGUGUCCCUUCCCACAGCAAAUUCGCUGCUCGUACAAGGACGCAAGCUCAUCUGCCAAGGACCACGUGGACCGAGCUGGCGGCACAUUCGAUGGCGUAGACGCAGCGCUGGAUUUGGGUGGAACCUUCUGCGUCACCGCUGAGAGCUGCGAGGAGGUCGACAGAAUCCUUCAAGCAAAAGCAUAG